CCCCAGACACGGAUAAGCAACGAUGAGAAGCGUGAGCAAUCUGAUUGGCGUUCACAGUGAUAUAAAUCCCCAUGACGCAAGCGAAAGGCUAAAAAGAAGACAACUACAUACAAGAGUUGAUCUCUCUGAGAACCACAAUGCUGAAGCCGGCAGUGCUUAUUUCACAGCUGAUUCUGUUGCUGAUGGUAGCAAACUCUGAUGCAGCAUUGUCCUCCCUGGAAGUCCAAGCUGCGAGCGUCAACCUUAAUGCAGCCAAACAGCAAGCUGCUCUUUCCCAGGCCGAAGUUCAGCUUGAGGCGGAACAGAGUCAAGAAAGUUCCUUUCAGGAGUUAGACCAAGCGGCAUCUGAACCCGGCUCUACAACUGAUCAGCUCAACCAGUUCACAUUCUCAUCACCUGAGAGCAUAGAGAAGGGAAACAAUCAUCGUAUCAAUGUCCUCCAAGCUUCACAGUUGCUGAAGGCGGCGAACGUGUCCGGAGCAGCUGUUCCAUCGGUGCUGAAGAGUGGUUUCGGUUCAAAGCUCAACUGCGGUUCCAACGUAAAGUGUAGCACGUCCUCCAAGUACCGAACAGCUGAUGGUUCCUGCAACAACCUCGCGAACCCAAGUUGGGGCAUGGCAUCCAUUCCAAUGAGACGAUGGUUGUCCCCAGCAUAUGAUGACGGUAUCUCCUCUCCACGAGAAAAAGCCACCCAGGGGUGGAACACAAAGUUACCAAGUGCCCGCCUGGUCAGCACGACCGUCCACACCCCAUCAACAAACGCUGACCGGCACGCCUCUUACACUCACAUGCUGAUGCAGUGGGGUCAGUUCCUGGAUCACGACAUCACCAGCACACCCACUCAACAACUGUCUGGUUCGUAUGGCGGCUCUUCUAUUGGGUGUUGUCAUUCUGUUGUUCAUCGAGGAAAAAGAGCUGCUGCAUUUGUACAACCAUCUGUCAUCAACAGGCCCCAGUGCUUCCCCAUCGUCAUCCCGCAACCCGACAGACACUUCAAGUCCACCUGUAUGAACUUUGUGCGCUCGGUCCAAGUAGCAAACGCUGACUGCCAAUCAGUUCCCGUGGAACAGCUGAACCAGAUCACAGCCUACAUAGACGCUUCAAAUGUGUACGGGUCCUCACAGACGGAACAGAACAAACUACGAACAUUUGUGAACGGUCAACUCAAGAUGAAAUCUCCACACUUGCCUGCCGAUUCUCAACGUAGUUGUACCACACCAAACAGUCCAAACUACUGUUUCCUAGCAGGUGAUCAUCGAGUGAAUGAAAACCCAACUCUUCAGAGCACGCACACCAUCUUCGCAAAGGAACACAACCGAAUAGCUGCAAAACUAAAAGCCCUCAACUGUCACUGGAACGAUGAGAAACUCUUCCAGGAAUCCAGGAGGAUAGUCGGCGCGAUAGCACAGAAAAUCACGUACGGUGAAUACUUGCCUAUCAUCAUGGGUAAACAAGCCAUGAUCAAGUAUGGCUUGGCAAUAAUUGGAUCUGGGAGUACGUACGCCAACGUCUACAGCACAACGACGGACGCCAGCAUCAGGAACGCUUUCGCUACUGCGGCUUUCAGGAUGGGACACUCCAUGAUCCACAGCCACUUUGCCAGCUACAGCUCUUCAUUUAGUUAUCUCGGCCAGGACCAGCUCAGCAAGAUCUUCGGUAAGACGAAUCUCAUUCUGAACGUCAACAACAGGGAGGUUGGUCAUUACUGCAGAGGACUGGUCAAGGACAGUGUUCAGAACACAGAUCACAAACUGACACAGGAGGUUACGGACAGGUUGUUUGUCGACAGUAACGGCAACAGUCUUGACCUGGCAGCUCUCAACAUCCAGAGAGGGAGAGACCACGGGCUCCCGUCUUACACCAAGUGGAGGAAGUACUGUAACAUUCCAACAGCGACAUCCUUCUCUGAUCUCUCCCCCGCCACUCACACAACAGCUGCGGUGAACCUUCUGAAGAAAGUGUACAAACACAUCCACGACAUCGACCUGUUUCCUGGGGCUCUGUCAGAGACACCUGUUCCAGGAGGACUUCUGGGUCCCACAUUCACCUGUCUCCUGGGGAAACAGUUCCAGGCACUGAAGAAAGGAGACCGAUUCUGGUUUGAAGAAAACAACGCUUAUGUCAAAUUUACUCCGAACCAGCUGAAUGAGAUCCGGAAGGCGAGUCUGUCCAGAGUAGUUUGUGACAAUACGGACACCUUCAAGAUCCAGAAGAACGCGUUCGUCAAAGGAACUCCAGUCCCAUGCAGUUCUCUGCCUGAAAUUAACCUCAAUCACUGGAAGGAACAUAUCACGGCCACCUGGGGGGCCUGGUCGUCGUGGGGCGCAUGCAUCUUCAACAGACAGAGAAGGAAACGCUCAUGCAAGCCCUGUGGCUGCACUGGUCAGAGCUCUCAGAGUCGCCCUUGCCCUGGGUGUAACAAAAGUUGGUCCAGCUGGGGGUCCUGGGGUAGCUGUGUGUCCGGCAUUAGAACCCGCUAUCGCUACUGCCGCAACAACAUAUGGCGUGGUCGCAGACAGGCGGAGUUACAGAAGCCACUCAGUCUGGUUCCAGUUGAUGCUUCUAUCCUUCCUUAUGACCCAUGCUUUUGUCCAGGGUCCAGCAAACAAACUGGAUCCUGUGGGUGGUAUUAUCCUAUCGGUCCCGUGGAGCUGGCGAGACCUAAUAUCUAAUGUGGUCUACCGUGUAUCAUGAUAUUGAGCAGAAAAAGAUUUACAAGUUUUGCACUUUCGAUAAUACUAAGGGAAUGGAGUACUUUUUAUUUUCUGCCCAUUGUGUGUUAACAAUAUGAGACAAUUCUACAUAUUAUGUUUUGCUGAUCGACAUAUGCAACUAAACAGAACAAUGACAGUUUAUAUUACAGUAAUCAUGUAAAAUUUGUCCUUGUUAAUAUUAUUACCAUCGAACUUGAUUUUUGUAGUACUGUCAAAUGAGGAUACUAUACUAGUUGGAAGCAAUAUGCAUGGUGUAAGUCUUUGGCCUGCUCGGUGUUAUGAAUAAAAAUAUUUGACCGGA